AUGUCAGAUUACGCGCUACCUCUUUCAGGGAAGGUUGCCCUUGUGACUGGAGCAUCGAGAGGUAUCGGGGAGGGGAUCGCAAUGGAACUCGCCAGACGAGGAGCCACAAUUCUCAUGACCUACGUAUCCCCAGGCAGCGAGGCCCGCGUGCAUGAGAUCUGCCAAGAAAUACGGAAUCUCCCCAAUAAGCCCGGAGUCCAAGCCGUGCGAAUCGACCUCAGCACGCUGGACGGGGCCCAGAUCCUCGUGUUGGACCUCUUGUCGUGGAGCAACAACAACCUCCAGAUCGACAUUCUCGUCAACAACGCAGGCGUAGAGCGGGUCCAGUCCCUCUCGGAGCUCAAAGUCGAAGACUACGACACGGUCUACAACCUCAACGUGCGGGGUCCCAUCCUCCUGACGAAAGCCAUCUUACCAUACCUGCGCGCCAACGCCCGCGUCAUCAACAUCGGCUCCGUGGGCGCGAGGGCGGCCUUCAAGGAUAUGAGCUUGUACUGCUCGUCGAAGGCCGCGCUCGAGGGCCUGACGCAGUGCUGGGCGGCCGAGCUGGGCGGCGACGGCACGACGGUCAACUGUGUCAACCCGGGCCCCGUGCAGAGCGAGAUGCUAGAUAAUAUCCCCAAGGACAUCGUGGAAAUGCAGAAGGCGAACACGCCGCUGCAGAAUCGGCUGGGGACUGUGGAGGAGGUUGCGAAUGUGGUGGCGGGCUUGGCUGGUAGGGAUGGUGCUUGGAUCACGGGUCAGGUCAUCAGCGCAAGCGGAGGUUGGGCACUGUAUUGA